UACGUCAACUGCAAUCACGGUUGUAUCUCCAACAUGGCGUCGCUGGGAAGGAGGCGCGGUGUCCCAGUAAGCAGGGAGAGGGGAGUGAUGGCGGCGACAGACUGCUACAUUGUGCACGAGAUCUACAAUGGGGAGAAUGCGCAGGACCAGUUUGAGUAUGAGCUGGAGCAGGCACUGGAGGCCCAGUAUAAAUACAUUGUCAUUGAGCCCACACGCAUCGGAGAUGAAACGGCCCGUUGGAUUACAGUGGGCAACUGCCUGCACAAGACGGCCGUGUUGUCAGGCGCUGCUUGCCUCCUGACGCCACUUUCACUACCCGUUGAAUACUCGCGCUAUGUGGCAUUGCCCGCUGGUGCCCUCAGUGUGGCCUGUGCUGCCCUCUACGGGAUUUCAUGGCAAUUUGACCCCUGCUGCAAGUACCAGGUGGAAUAUGACAGCCAAAAACUCUCGCGGCUGCCCCUGCAUACACUCACCUCCUCGACGCCCGUGGUAUUGGUACGCAGGGAUGACAUCCACAGAAAGAGACUCCAUAAUACGAUAGCACUGGCUGCCCUGGUGUAUUGCGCCAAGAAGAUCUAUGAACUUUAUGCGGUAUGAGUGCACUCUGAAGAGGGUUUAAGAACCAACAGAAAAAAGGAAAAACAAACAAAAAAACAGAACCUAUCCACCCCCAAAUGUAAGAAAAGUGGAAGUCAUGAUCAGGCCCAGCAGUUAGCUCCACACAUGUGAUGGGUGCUUCCAUUUUGAACUUUGAUCAGAGGGAUAUAGUUAAAACUAGAAGGAAUUGUUUUAUCCCUUGCAUUUCCUUUACUUCUAUGUGACAACAACAGCACACUUAUCUCCGUAGUACCCUUGCGCCUCCUCCCCUGCGCCCUCCACCUGCAUCCUUGACACACAACAAGCAAGUGCACAAGGGUACGACAGCAGUUCCUCUGGACUGAAUUGCAUUGCGGUCGAAACGGACCGACAUGUUUUGAGUACCGAGCUGUUUCCCCCUUCCCUCGUAGUUUUACUGUACCCCUUUCUUGCUGAUCAGUACAUCACCCUUCAUUAAACAUUAGGAUAUUUCAAACUAA